AAACGAAACAGAAAGGAAAACUCCGAAAGCGGACGCAAAAUGGGCAUUCAUUUCAUCGUCCCUCUCUCUCUCUCUCUCUCUCUCUGAGUGCGCGAUAAAAGCAUGACCGCAUUCGCAUUGGGUGGACUCGACUCGUUGCACUUCCGAUUUGCAGAUGCCAAAUCCUUGCCUCCCCUCCCCUGCUAAACCCCAAUGCACUCCCUCUCGGACACCUUCCCCUCUCCGCCUUCUCCUCCCCCUCCCGGCGACAGCUCCCACGCCGAGCGCCGCCUCCGGGAGGCCGAGGACCGCCUCCGCGAGGCCAUCCAGGAGCUCCAGCGCCGCCAGCGCAGGGCCGCCGCUUGCGGCGGCUGCGUCGAUGGCAGCGCCCUCCUCCCUUCCCACCCUCCCUGCCACCAUUCUCCCGACGAGUCCUGCGUCGCCAACGCGAUCGGCAACCUCUGCCAGAGCUUCCUCCUCUCCUACGGCGUUAGGGUUGGGAUCGGCAUCCUGCUUCGCGCUUUCAAGCUCGCCAAGGGACAGUCCUAUUCCUCGCUCCUCGAUCUCAAGCAACUUGUUUCCGAGAAAGAUCUGAUAGUAAGAGAAGAAGCAUGUCGAGUGGGUCUGCUGUUUGGUGGGUUUACCGGUUCUUAUCACGCUCUUCGGUGUCUGUUUAGAAAGUUGAGAAGGAAAGAGACACCCCUGAACGUAGUUUUAUCAGGUUCAAUUGCGGGUUUGUCUAUCUUAGCAUUGGAUGAUUCAAACCGCAGGCGUACACUUGCUCUCUAUCUUCUGGCCAGGGUUGCCCAAUGUGCUUAUAAUUCUGCAAAGUCUAAGAACAAGUUCCAUUUCUGGGGAAGCCACUGGAGACAUGGAGAUUCUUUGCUUUUCUCCCUAGCAUGCGCCCAGGUAAUGUAUGCCUUCAUAAUGCACCCAGAAAGCUUGCCGAAAUCAUAUCAAGAUUUUAUUCAGAAGACCGGGCCAGUUGCACAGCCUGUGUACAGAGCUGUAAGGGAUAAUUGUAGGGGUUCGCCAUUGGACAUUGCCUCAUUGUCGACAUACUUGGCUAAAAAGGGAGUGUCCAAUCAUGUAAAGUUGGAAGAGUUCCCCUCAAUAAUUCCAUGCUCCAUAAUUCAUCCACACACAAACUCCUGUUUGGUUCACAAUGCGAAUGCAAGUUCAGCUACUUUUAGGAAGACGUUUCCGCUUUACUUCUCAUUAACAUUCGUGCCAUUUGUCGUCCUCCACCUGCAAAAGUUCAUGGAUUCACCUGCUCGUACCUGUUGGCUGGCUCUUAAAGGUGCUGUUCGGUCAACGGCUUUUUUGUCUGCUUUUGUUGGAAUUUUUCAGGGAGUCAUAUGUUUACAUAGGAAGAUCGCAUCAAAGGACCACAAGCUUGUGUAUUGGCUUGCUGGUGGAGCUUCUGCUCUUUCUGUCCUGCUGGAGAAAAAAGCUAGGCGUAGUGAACUUGCUUUGUAUGUAUUGCCACGCGCUGGAGAUUCUUUAUGGUAUAUCUUAAUAAACCGCCAUCUGGUUCCUCAUAUCAAGAAUGCUGAGGUGGCUUUGUUCUGUGCUUGUAUGGGAGGAGUAAUGUACUACUUGGAACAUGAGCCAGAUACCAUGGCUCCAUUCCUUAGGGGCCUCAUUCGCCGUUUUCUGGCUAGCAGAAUUAGUAAUCCAGGCCCCUCAUCGAGUCGGAGUGCUUCCUACACUUAUUUGCAAACUCUUGAUGCAAUCCAGAAGCCGAAAUUGCUAGAAAUUCGAGAGGCUGAAGUUUCAUCUUCCGAGAAAUACAAUCUCGAAUCCAUUCCAGGGCUAUAAACCUCAUUUUUUGGUCCUUUGCCCAUUUUUAUUGAAUCAUAAAUCAUUCGGUUUGGUUCACCUGGCUCUGAAAUUUGCAUAACACAGUCAAGCAGGAAGAACGGUGACCGAAUAUUGUUUCCCUGAUCUUGGGGCUCAUUAUGUUGGAGUUCUAGUUCCUCUGAUUUGGGAUACUCAUUGGACAAUUUUAGUAUUAUAUUAAAGCAAGCAAUCCAUCCCUGGAAGAGACGUUCAAAGGAAUAAUGUCGCCACGCUUUGCCGGAGCUGGUUCUCUUUUUCAGAUCAAUACAAGUAGGCUCUUCUAACUA